GUCUGACUUCCGGGUGGGUGUGGCCCGCUUAUCCGGAGUAGCCUUGCGAGCGAGGCAACAAUUGCUACAUUGUAGCUAAUUUGAUUUUUGUGGAGCCGGUGUAACAACAAACAUCCUCGUGUCAAGUUGCUGCACGCUGAUUUCGGUGGCCGCGUCUUGCGGCUGUGAUGCUUUGUCACGAUGGGGAAUCUGUUUGCCAAAAAGAAGCAGAGUCGAGUGACGGAACAAGACAGGGCCGUUUUGCAACUGAAACAGCAGCGAGAUAAACUGAGGCAGUACCAGAAGAAGAUCGGCGUGCAGCUGGAGAAGGAGAGACUUUUAGCCAAGCAGCUGCUGAAAGAUGGCAGGAAAGACAAAGCGCUGCUCCUGCUGAAGAAGAAGCGCUAUCAGGAACAACUGCUGGACAAGACGGACAACCAGAUCAGCAACCUGGAGCGCAUGGUUCAGGACCUGGAGUUCGCCCAGAUUGAGAAGAAGGUCCUCGACGGCCUCCGAGUGGGAAACGAGUGUCUGAAGAAAAUGCACGAGGUGAUGUCCAUCGAAGAAGUUGAGCGCAUCUUGGACGAGACGCAGGACGCCGUCGAGUACCAAAGGCAAAUUGACGAGAUGUUGGCGGGCUCGUUGUCCCAAGAGGAUGAAGACGCCAUCCUGGCCGAGCUGGAGGCCAUCACUCAGGGAGACGUGCUGCUUCCUGACGUCCCGUCGGACCAACUCCCGGACACUCCCGAGGCUGGUGAGGAGAAAGCAGCGACAGAACGUCCGAGGAAGAAGGCAGAAAUGUUGGCUGCGUGAAGAUGGAGGAAAUGACCUUCCAACAAUUCUAAUUACCUUCAAUUUCUCCACAACCUUGAGCGCCGAGCGCAACGAGGUUUUUCCGAAAAGAUCUGUCAUGCGCUGCAAUUCAGAACUGCGAAACUGCCCAAAGGCACACACAUGUACUAUGUAGAUUUUUUUUUUUAAACUUCAAAACCUUUUUAAUGAGAUGUGGCGCCAAUUUCAAAAUAAAAGGGGGCUGGAUGGUGGACAUAAAUGGAAACAUUUAAAAAAAAUUUUCAACCUGUGUGAGAAGCUCCUUGGCGUGUAUUCUUUU